AUUCGUAACAGAAAGACAACGAAGAAAAAAGAAAAUUUCGAAAAGGAGAAAAAUAUCUUUGGAAGAUGGCGGGAUCUCUAACAGCAUCAAACCGCCGUAGAAACGCGGAGGAUUCUUCAGAAAUUUACCGGUGGACGAUCGGUUUUGCUCGGUUUGUUCACUAUCCAUCUUCUCCUUCUCCGCAUCCAGUUCUGAAACCUCUCGGAAAGAGAGAGCAGUAUCAUUCGCCCCACGGAACCUGGCUGUCGGCGUCUUCUUCGACGGUUUCUCUCCACAUUGUCGACGAAUUGAACCGAUCCGAUGUGAUUCUAUCCGUCAAACUCGGCCAGAAAGUCCUUGAAGAACACUACAUUUCAAAGCUGAACUUCACAUGGCCUCAGAUGUCAUGCGUUUCUGGGUUUCCAUCUCGUGGUAGUCGAGCGAUUUUCGUUACCUAUAUGGAUUCUGCUAACCAGAUCCAGAAAUUUGCUUUAAGGUUUUCCACUUGUGAUGCAGCGUUGGAGUUUGUGGAAGCUCUUAAGGAGAAGAUUAAGGGUUUAAAGGAAGCUUCGACUCAGAACCAGAAAAAUAAAACUAGGUGUGAUGUUUCUUUCCAGUCAGAUUACAACCCUUCAGAUGCGAUUAUCCCCAGAGCCACUCAGAAAGAGCCAAAUAUGGUUAGACCUCUUAAUAGUUAUGUUCCUGAAAUGCUACCAAGAAUUGUGUAUGAAGCUCAGUACCAGAAAAGUGAAACUAGGUCCGAGGUUUCUUUCCAGUCAGAUUACAACCCUUCAAUUGAGAUUUUCCCCAGAGCCACUGAGGAAGAGCCAAAUAUGGUUAGAUUUUUUGAUAGUUCUGUUCCUGAAGUGCUACCAAGACCUGAGUAUGAAGCUGGACAAGCCUUAUACCCAUCACAAUCCACGCUAAAUCAAAUCCCAAGUCUUCCUCCGAGUUUCACAACCUUACUCUCUGGCUGCUUCCCCGACUCCACUCUAGAUGCAGGCCAAACAACUGUGAAGCAGAAUCCUGAUCUAAAGUCGCAGAUACUGAAGUACAUGGAAGAUUCUUCAUUUCAAGAUAUGCUGCAGAAAGUAGAGAGAAUUAUCGACGAAAUUGGAGGUAACUGGAUUACCUGAUUUAUCAUAAACAUAUUUACUAGGUAUCAAUCUUAUUAUCCAUUUUGAGUCUUUUGUUCAUAUAUUGCUUAAAACAAUUGAGAUUAAAAGGAGCAAACCAACAUUGGUGGAGGACAAAUGUAGUUUGUAUUUUAUUUUGUUUCAACUGCGGACAAAUGUAUCAAUUUGCUCUAUUUUCGUCCAACAAUUAGCCGAGAAGAUUUUUGAUUUGCCUUGAGUUUCACCUUAUGGUGAAAGCAUGUGUUUAUUAGCUUCCACAAUACUCAUAUAUUAUACGAAGAUUUUCUUAGAUUUUGCU